AUGAGCAUAAUGGAAGUGAUGGAUAUGAAAAUCGGACCGAUCGUUUAUGAUUUGUUCCUCGAAGUCGACGCUAAACGAUUUAAAAAAGCGAAAAGAUCCUUGUCUGAGGUUGUGAAAGAGGCCAGAAUAAAGUCAAGAACUUGCAGCAAAAAAGACACUUGCAGGAUGAGGACAUCAACUUUGAAGGUCAACUAUGAAGCUUUGACGUUCUUUGUAAGCACAUUGAGCUACGGUUUGAUGAUUGUACCAGCUGGUAUACUAGCCACUAAUUGGAAUGCCACAAAACUUUUAUGUCUGAGCAUUGCUGGAAUCGGUCUGUUGCACUACAUUCGAGCAGUUUUUAAAUUUGAUAUCGAUACAGAUCCCGAGUCCACUUUAAGUAUCGUGGGUUUUAAUUUACUUUUUGGGGUAAUUGAAGCGCCGAUCCUACCUUGUGUUUACGUACUCUUGUCGCGCAUGAUAUCGCCUCGGCAUCGGACGACCGUUGCUUCAUUGGUUUUAUCCGCAAAGCAGUUCAUCGUACUCUUUACCCUUGGCAUUGCCCUUCUUUCAAGCAUCAAUGGUUUUGGCUCAGUUGACGCCCGAACACAAUUAGUUUUUGGAAUAUCCGAUGUGAUUUGGAGUAUAGUAUACAAUUUUGCGGGAUCAAACUGCGACGUGGAAUUCGUAAACGAAGCUCCGUCGUUCAAGCCAAAAAUACCAUGGAGCUCGAUGCUGUCAUCGUUUGCUGUCUGGACAUUGAUUAUGUCUCACAAGACUUCCUUUGCUUUGCAUGAAAUGAUCUUUUCAGACGAAUAUGAAUAUCCAUUUGAAUUACCAGAUGCGCUGCGUUUUAUUAAGAGCACAUCUGCGAGGUUUUCACUCUUAAUUCUGGGUGGAAUCGGGUCGAGCUAUCUGUCGGACGCACUUGUAGCGCAAAAAUAUUUAACAAGACUCAGAGCACGAAAGAUCUUCAAUUUCCUUGCUAUUUGUGUACCAAUAACAGCAUGUGCACUAAUUUCAAUCAAAUAUGAGCUCUUAGACAGAAUCGGAUGGACAUUCAUACGGCUCAUUUUAACAGGAUUAAUAAGCUUUCAGAGCAGUGGUUUUAUGUUCAAUCAUAUGGACUUGAGUCCGUAUUAUGCAGGUAUUCUCAUCGCUAUUACAGAAGCUAAGAAUCAAAUUUUCAAAAGUUUGGUGCUUCUGAUCUUUAUCUAUUACAAAUUUGAAAGAAUAUCGACCACAUUUAUAACAUUUAUAUUUUUCAUUCACCCAGUUUGUACGAGUAUCUUUUUCAUAAUUUGCGGUAAAGUAAGUAUCCAGGACAAGUGGAGCCUAGUUCCAUUAUCGUAUCAAAACCGGAAUAAAUUGGACAUGAAUUUAUAA